AUGCUCCUUCAGUUACAGGAGCGAAAACCACCUACUUCGAGAAAAACCAGCCGGUCUGUAUGCUAUAGGUGUGGUCGGCCUGGCCAUAUUAGUCAGAAUUGUCAAAUUACAAAUCCCCAACCAAAUUUCCUCCCUAAUCUGGUUCCUCAAAACCAGCCAAAUCUACCUCCAGUUCAAGCCCCUGCUAAUCCUCCUUUUCUUCUACCGCCACCCAUGUCUGUAAAUCCAGGAGUUAACAAUGCACCUGAGAAUUGGCAGCAAGAGACCCUCCAGGCUUUGUUAGCCUUGGCUGCUAGUUUAAAUCAUGCCAGGCGACCUAGUGGAAAUCUUCGGCCUACGAAACGAAGAAAAGAAGGAUUAGAAGAGGAGGGAUUGGAAGAGGAAACUUUGGAACAAUUAAUGGAGGAAGAAGCAGAUAAAGAAGAAAAGGUUGACAACUUCCCCGAUCUGGCAAUAGACCCUCUUGAAACAGUUGUGGAUCCCCCUGUUGUUCCUGCCAAGGUUGUAGCUGCAAAGUCUAAACAUGAAAAUGAAACCCCUAAUUGCUUACCUUUACCUAGCUUUCCCGAUACUCUGAUUUUGAAUUUCCCCAUUGACGUACAUUAUACCCUUCUUAACUCGCCCCUCUUACCUCUCACCCCUAACUAUAGAGACAUUAAUACUUCCCUAUUAAACACCCCGGCUUCUUAUACAAGCCGUCCCGUCUCCCCCCAAAUCAAUGCUUAUGACCCCUUACCUUCUACCUCUUCGGCCCAUCUUCCUAUUAAUGCUUAUUCGCUGAUGACUCGGGUAGAGGAUCGUCGGCGUAGAGAAAUCCUUAUCUCUCCCUCUAAUUUGAAUAACCUGCUCCCGUUAACUUAUUAUGAUCCUGACUCGUAUAGUUCUAGUGACGAUGACUCCGACACAGAUGACGUUAUUGAUGAAGAUAAUCAAAAAACAGGGAUAAGGAAAAAAAUUAAUAAUAAACCUUCUAAAGUUGCAUAUUGUUAUGACAAAGCAGAAAAUGCUUACCUUAGGGAAGAAAUUGUCAAGCCUGACCCCUGUGGAUACAAAAUAAGAAAAGCCCAAGAUUGUCAAAAAGCCUAUUAUGGAAAAAAGAAUAGAGAUAUCAUAGAAACUGGUUAUCGCGCUAUUACUCUCGGCAGUAAUUUCGAGCUCUACUGUAUUAUAUCAGCCACGACUGUUAUAAAAAGCCUCCUCUCGGUCCUGUCUAAAGCAGAACAGAAUAAAAGAAAUUUUAUAACCAUGAAUCCUGUUGAGACCCCUUCCAACAUCCAAAAAACUCUCGCUUUACUUAAGAGUCAAAUAGAGAAAGCCGGCCUGGAAGAGAUGUAUAUGGUAUCUCCUAGAUCCCAAACUGAGAGCGAUAGACAGAGGCUUCGUCGAAAAAUGCUAGAAUUUCUCCAAGAUAUUCGACGCAGCGGAAUUUCUUCUACUCUGAUCAAAGCUCCUCCAGGAGAUACCUGGGAAGAAAAGGUAUCAUCACUUUGUAGAAGAAUCUCUUCUGACCAGAUAAAUCGUAGGUCGCAAUUACCCUAUUACUAUGGGUUAGGAGCUUUAAUGGAAGAAGCGGCUUGGGGAAAGAAGGCCAAAACAUUUGUAAAGCAAUUAACAGCCGGGAAAUCCAAGGAGCUAUUAACUACCACCCACCGAACUCACCAACUUUAUAAAUCUCAGGGUCCUUCUUAUCUUUUUAUUAUGCAGCAUCUUACCCCCUUUAUCAUUUGUUUACUGCUUAAAGAAGAUUUCCUCAAGUUAAACGUAGAAGCUCAAAAGGCCUCUCAAGAUGAAUUAAAUGCGAUCAUUGGUAAUUUCGCAGGGGUUCAAUAA